CGAUACCGGAUACCGGAAUGAUAGUCAGCUGUCACUCAACUGAUGUCGACAGAUAUAAUAUUAUACGUACCUAUCUAUCAGUGUAUGCAUUGAAGAAUAAGACUUGCGCAUAAUUGUCGUAAACCUAUUAAUUGAUAUGCCAGUGACCAAGUAAUAUAAAUUAUUACGUAAAGAAGAUACCGUUUACCACACUUGCAGUAGCAGGGCGGUCGGGUAUGCACACUGCCGAGUGUACCAAAGGGGAGGUAACGCGACUAAAACGGUCGAGUGGUUAAGAAAACGGAGGGCGUGCAUGGGAUUUCGAUGGCGGGGAAGUGAGAGAGCGCGUGCGCGCGGACGACGUACGUCCCUUACCCCUCCCGAUGCGUGGAUCGGAUUACUCGGUAUCAACCCUUAAAAACACUGUUAAUGACAAUAACCAUAAAUGCAAGGGACACGCCUCCCGCAGCGGCGGCGCGUCGACGUCGUCUACCGUGCGUGGCGACGGAAGUGUCCAGUCCCUUCGGACCCGGCGCGCACACCGCACACGUAAUAUUAAUUAAAAACCGCGGCCGCCGCAAUCAUGACCGAAUCCGGAGUGGCCGUCCGCAGGCCGCUGUCGCCCAGAAAGUUUUUCGCUAUGUUGUACGAGACGGACGCAGCCACCGCCGCUGAGCACGUCCGCCGUCCACUUCACGGUGAUGUACCGCUGCAACAGUGGUACGGAUUGCGGCGGCCGCCUGUUCCGGUACAGCUCGCCGCCGUUUCCGAUCCGCCGCUGCAGCAGCACACCGUCGUGGUCGUCCGGCCCACAGCAGCGUACGUCGAACACACGUUUGCCGCCGGUUUGACGGCUUUCCUUGAAAGGAGACGACGGAAAGAAGGCCGGGCGCCUCGGCGGCAGAGGACUACGUUCAGUCCAGAACAAACGCUAAGCCUAGAAAUGGAAUAUAGAAACAACGAAUAUGUGUCCCGGAAUAGAAGAUCAGAAUUGGCCACUGCAUUAGAUUUAUCUGAAACGCAAGUGAAGAUUUGGUUUCAAAAUCGUAGGGCCAAGGACAAGAGACUGGAAAAGACACAUUACGACCAACAAAUCAGGCAGAUGUUUCAGCAAAACGGUUUCAUUUUACCGAAGAUUUAACGAUGGGUUACGAGUGGUCAAACAUUAACAAUAUAAAAUAAACCUACCUCGGAAUAAUAUUAUCACCACAUCGCUGUUAUACCAUGCUCUACAUAAUAUAUGAUAUAUAUUUGUAUCUAGCCAACGGCAGUGGCGCCAAAAUCUCACAGGAUGAAAAGUGUGGAAUUCGUGAAAUAAGACAGACAUGUUACGUAUAUUAUUAUGUAUUAUGCUGUCGUUGUUGUCAUCUACUUAUUUUAUCAUUCGAAAAGCAACGAAUUUCUCAAAUGUCUAAUAUUUUUAUUUUUAUUAUUAUUAUUAUUAUUGUUUACGAGAGAUCUCUCUUCGCACCGUUUAUGACUAUUUUAUUUAUUAUAUUAUAAUAAUAAUGAGUAGGUAAGAAUAGUGAAAUUAUUAUUUACGUUUAGGGUUUUACUAUUCGAAACUAUAAUACAUUUCGUAAACAUACAGGACGGAAAAACGUAAACGUUCAUAAACGGACGAUUUAAAUGCUUGUCGUUUUGGCCACGACAACUUACUGUAUGCGUACGUAUAAAAUAAUAUUAACAGGAUGUUGUUCAUGCGUAUAAAUUAUGCAGUUAUAUUAUAUUACUAUUUAUAUAUUAUACUUUAUAUUUAAAUACUAUUUAACAUAUUGUAUACUCACGAUUGUGUUGUAUGAUGAGGUAAUAGUGUUAAGUAUAAUACUAACUAAGUAAUUAAUAUCACAUAUUAUAUGUGUUUACAAUAUUUACAUAGGUAUUCUAGUCAUUUGAUAUUGUUUUAUAUUAUUUGUAGCUACCGAUGUAGUGUACUUAUUUAAUUAAUAGAAUAAAUCAAAAGUUAACAUAUAA